AUGCCUAUGGGUGGGAUUCUAAAUUUCUUGUUAAUGGCUUCGGCCUUAGCCUACGAAAUGACAUUUCUAGAGGAACUGGACCCCGAAAUAGGAGAAUUUGGUCCGGAAGGCGCGAUAUGGAACCGAUACAAUAACGGAAUUGGGUGCACUGAGAUCCCCCCGAACCCCAGCGGCUAUGUCGAAGAGAUUAUCCUUCGAGUGCCCGUAAUGAACUUUUCGUUGUUCGUUGUUCGACGGGGAAGCAACUUGGAUCGUUUUGUCCAGGAUUUGGCGGAUAGAACUGGUUUUCUUCAUGAAGGGGACGUCGCACUUCAAGAUAGAGAACCUGACGCGGACCAAGAGUGGGUAGUGAUCAAAGAUAAUAUCGACUUUUCGCCGGUUCCUUACAUUGAGGCUGGAAAUCAGGACCCUCUUUGUGACUCCAGGUCUCCAUCAAUGGAAUCCGAGUAUAUCGAGGAGCCGGGGGCCCCUUUAAGACUUGGAAGCUCUAUGAGCGAUGAAAUAGAGAUCGAGAUAGAACGAGCACCGGGCGGAAACUCGAGCGCGAGCUUUAGAAGCGGCGAAACUGAUCCAUUUGAGGAAAUGUACUUCUUUGAAAGAAAUCAGCCGAACUUUUGGAUCUCUCUCGUUCAACAAUUAGGAGAAGUCCGAGACGCCGCGAUGGCUGCCGGUCUUUACAUCCCUAUUCCCCUGGGUCUGCGUAGCAGAUACAGCGACGAGGACCUCAAUGCAUUGGGAGUAACCAUAGACCCCGAGGCUGAAGAGGAGAUAUUGAGAGACCUAGUAGACCCAACAAGGCAGAGUCCAGAUAUUGCUAACGUUAUGAUCCGUCCGAUAUACCAAAUAUUUACUGGGAGUUAUCCAGGAAUAUGGAACUAUCUUUUGGAAAGUAGUGGGUGGGCGGCAGAAAAUGAGAGUCAAAAUGUGGAAAUGUCAGAAAUAGACCUCCUAGCACCAGGUAGAGGGCCGCAGAGAUCCGUGUCUCAGAGUGUCGGUGAAAAUAGUGAUAUAGUAAGCAACGGGCAACUGGUCCGGCCGAGCAAUUCUUUAUCCAACGAUCUAACGGAUAGAAGGGCAAUAGCUAGUGAACAUUCAAUGGAGUUCGAGGAAGAAGCAACAUCCCCAUCCUUCCGAUGGGAGGGCUCGAACCUGGAUGCGAACGCCGAGUGCCUGAUCCACGAUAUUUGUAUUGAAGAUACGCCUUAG